UAGAGUUCGUCGGUCAAGUGUCAAAUUUUUUGAGAAAGUAUUUCGUUCUCAGCUCUUGCGGACGUAAAAAUUAGAAGUUUGUAUACUAUUCUUCAUAUUUCAUUGGAAAACCAACAUGGGAUGCGACGGUGGAACUAUUCCUCGGCGGGACGAGCUAGUGCGAUUGAAAAAGAAACCAGAACAGAAAGACAAAGAUGCAGAGAGACAAUUUCGUUGGAAGCAUUGUACGCUCACCCAGGAACGACUGCAAAAACCGAUAGUUAUGUGUGGUCUCGGCAGGCUUUAUUCGAAGCAGAAUGUAAUUGAGCAUCUACUGGAAAAAGAUAAAAUGCCGGAACUAUGCACCCACAUUAAAUCGCUCAAAGACAUUAAGGAUUUGAAUUUAACGGCAAAUCCAGCCUAUAAAGAGCUCCAAGACAGCAAAAGCUCAGAGUUCAUCUGCGCUUUAAUUGGACUAGAGAUGAGUGGCCAAUUUCGAUUUGCUGGGCUUUGGACCUGUGGAUGUGUGUUUUCGGAACGGGCCCUGAAGGAGAUCAAAGACAAAAUUUGUUCAGUGUGUCAAACGCCAUUCACCGAACAGGAUGUUAUAAUUUUGAACGGAACAGAUGAGGAUGUUGAUUUAAUGCGCACACGAAUGGAUGCUCGUGUAGCACGCCUCAAAGCUGAAAAAAAGUCCAAAGCAGAGAAAAAAGCCAAAUCAAAACUUGAAAUCCCGGUAGCAGCAGUUUCAGCUUCGGAAAAUACUAAAGAUGAUGUGGAGGCUGGACCAUCAAAGGCAACAACUAGUGGGAUACCCGGAUGCACAUCUAAAAAGCCGACUGUACUGAAUAAGCGAGCCCUCAUAAGCGAUAAAAUCGGAGAUGGCCCCUUGUUUAAGAAAUCCAAACUGGAUUACAGCGUUGCAAAGGAUCCCAAUGCAACUGCUGUGUAUAAAUCUUUAUUCACUACUCAUGAAAGCGAACAGGAUCAAAAGAGGGCACAUUGGGUCACAUAUAAUCCAUUCUAUAAUUAGAUAUAAUUUCGAAAAUUCUGAUUCAAUUCUUUUUGAAUUGUACUGCAUAAAAAGGCAAAUUGGUAAUUGUUCCGAAUCGCGGCUUUUUCGAAAAGAGGGUUAAUUUCUUUUGGAAAUGGUUCUAAAUGGUCUAUUUUAUAACAAGCAAUGAAAAAAAUUCGGGGGGAAAGCUUUAAAGUAGUUUAAACUGGAAAAAUAAGUUGUUCCCACUUACUUUACUAACAAUGGCGUUGUUCAUGAGAAAAUGACGUCAAGGGCGAAGCCGCAUCGCGCUACCUUCACCCUUAACGUCACUUUCUCAUGAGCAAUACCACUGUUAGAAAGGUAAGUCGGAAUAACUUAUUUUUUCCAGUUUAAACUACUUUAAAGCUUUCCCCCCGAAUUUUUUUUCAUUGCUUGUUAUAAAAUAGACCAUUUAGAACCAUUUCCAAAAGAAAUUAACCCUCUUUUCGAAAAAGCCGCGAUUCGGAACAAUUACCGGCAAAUUAGUCGAAUGUUGAUAGGAAAUCUCAUAGAACAUGGGAUAUACAUACGAUUGUAGGCAGUGCAGUUGCAGUUGAAGCUUUAGCACUAUUGGGGGGCGUAGUAUGCUUUGUAAAACGCAUUUAAAUAUAAUAAAGGCCGUUAACACAAA